GUAGUCACACGGAAGAUAAAGAUGAAUCCGCAUCUCGAACAAGAUAAGUCGCGAUUAAAUUCGUGUAUUGAAAAAAGUAUACAAACAAAAAAAAAGGGAAAAUUAGGAGCGUUUAGCAUUGACAGUAUUUUGAGCACUUCAGAGGCUCACUCAUCUCAAAAUAGUCUACCCAAAGACAAUACAAAUGUUACAUCAAGCGAUAUUUCAAAACUGUAUGCAUUUAGCUUUACUCAGGAAGGAAAUAAUAAAACCCCACUUACAAAUUUUGAUUUAUGUCAAGGACACCCCCGCCGGUUACCCAUCACAUUUGAUGGCAGCACAGUUUCACGCUUUGUAUGGCGAACAGAAAGUAUUCUUCCCUCUUAUAUAACCAACUCGACAAACUUACAAGAAAAACAACUGAGAAAGAGAUUUACUGACAGAAAACCUCGUCAGGCCUAUAGUGCCUCACAGCUGGAACGUCUUGAAAAUGAGUUUAAUUUAGACAAAUAUCUUAGCGUUAGCAAGCGUGUUGAACUGUCAAAAUCAUUAUCUCUGACGGAAGUUCAGGUAAAAACAUGGUUUCAAAAUCGUCGCACGAAAUGGAAGAAACAGUUGACUUCGCGGUUGAAAAUAGCGCACAGACAUGGACUAUGGAUACCUACCCUUCCCAUAACAACUAUUAUUCCAAAUACAAAAUAAGAUACUACUGAAUAACACAUUAAGAAAUUAUUAAAUCAUUAAUAAAACAAGUUAAGCAU